AGGAGUCCUCACCAGGAAAGGUAUACAUCAUGAAUUUACAAGUGAGUGUUUAAUAAUAUAACAAUUAUUUAGAAUUUUUUUAGUUUUCGUACAUCUGUAAAAUAUAAAUAAAAAUAAAAUAAAAAUCUCUAUUACAAUAUAAAAAAUAAGUAUUUACUUUUUUUCAUUAUAGUAUAAUAUUAUAACCCAAUACUUUGACAAAAAAUAUAUUCAAAAGUCAGUUAUUUAAUUAGUAAAACGAAUAUGUAUAAUGUAUAUAUGGAAUUAGAUCAUAUUUGCUAUUGCAGAUUUAUAAUAUUAUUAAAAAUAAUGGUUUUUAAUCGACUUGUUUUCUUAAUAAUUAUAUUACAUGUAUAGUGAUCAAGGCUAUAAUCAAUUACCUACUUCCUUUUUUUUGAUAGAUAUUGAUUUUUUGCUUAGUAUAUUCGUAUGUAUUAAAAAUUCGUAUAUGGUCAACCAAGUUUAUUAUAAAAUCUAUUGUAUUUACGGUAUUAUUUCUAAAUAAUAUAAUAACACCCGUGAGCUGGAGUAGCAAUGUUUCUUCAUUAAGAGUAGAAUUUUCUCCAAGCCGACUUGUCACAGUUACUAUAUUUUAUUUACAUUUUUUAUAACUGAUCUAAAACAGUUAUGUUUACCUGAGUUUUAUUACAUUUUAGUCUGUAGAGGUAUUAAAACCCGUAUUUCCUGUGUAAACAUGAAAUUUGAACAUAAAAAUGAAUUUGGAGGGGUUUAAAAAUUGAAACACUUAAAAGUAGUUUUCAUUUCCAGGCGAAACCCGACAAAAAUUGCGCAUUGAAACUUUGAAUAUUUUGUCUUAUUUCACAUUACUGAAAUUUACUGUAUUUUUGCUUUGGAAAAUUCGUUAUUUUUAUUGUUUCUUGGUAGUUAUGUACCUAAUAAUGUAGUGUUCAGAAUAUUCAAAAAUAUUUGUUUUGAAUUUAAUAAAAAGUAGGUACUUAUACAAAACAACGGGUUAAUUAUUAUAUUUUUUCAUUCGCUUCAGAAUACAAAUAGUUUAAUACCUAUUAUAAUAUCACGAGUCGUUCUUCUCAGGCCGAUUGUAUUACUCGCUGUCAACGAUAUUAUUAUUAUAAAUUAUAAAAUAUUAAACUAUCAUCGGGCCUAUGCAUUAAAAUUUUUAAACUACAUUACUAUAGUCAUUGCGAUAAGUUAUUGACCUUCGGUUUGUUCUUCCUAGUAUUUUAAUAUCAUUCCUGUCAUUAUUAUAAGCAGUCACGACCAAUUCGUUUUGGGCGUACGAAAACCGUUUCGUUAUAGAUCGAUGACAAAUGUAAUAGCCGUAGGAAAUUGUUAGGCUGAUGGACUCCCAGAUAUAUUAUAGAGGUGUGAUAUCGACUGUGACAUUGACCCAAAGUACGUAUCGUACGUCGUGAGAAAUCUAUCACCCAAAGUCCCAACGAUAUUUUUAAAUUUUUAAACGACUCCAACAAAUCGAAACAGAAUAAAACUGACAACAUAAUUUUGCGAGAUGAGGGAAACGAAAAAACCCUCAUUUCGCUUUCCGUGUGGUCGUUUUCGAUUUGUCACCCACGAAAAUAUGAAUGGUUUCUAUAGAAGUCGUUACUAUAGAGUCGUACAAAUAAUAACGUAAAUGAACUAAAAAGUUAUAUCUUGUUCGCAGAUUUUGUAUUUGUGUGUGUUUGCGUUUGCGAACGCUCUGUGCCACGGCAGUCAUGUAAAAAAUGAAACGCCCGCCAUUCACGAAAAUCACGUUAAAAAUGCAACGGCCGCCGUCAAAGAAUCGAAAACAGCAAAACGAGGUGUAGGCCAUUACAACCCGAUGGGAUGGGGUGCCCACGGGGUCGGCACGUACGGAGUUGCUACGGCGCCGGUAAACGGGUAUGGAUAUGGGGUGGCCGCCGUACCAUUACAAGGAUACGGUGUAUCGGUGGUGCAGGCCAACAAUCAGCCCAUACCGUAUCCCGUGCCCUAUGACCGACCGGUACCGUAUCCGGUGUCUUACGAUCGCCCUGUACCAUAUCCGGUGACUCAAGAUCGCCCAGUACCGUAUCCAGUACACGUGGACCGGCCAAUGCCGUACCCGGUACAGGUCGACCGACCUAUGCCAUAUCCGGUUCAAGUGACGAAACCGCUCCCGUAUCCGGUGCACGUGGAUCGGCCGGUACCAUAUCCCGUGCAGGUAGAAAAACCGAUGCCGUAUCCUGUGCAAGUGGAUAGACCGUAUCCGGUGCAAGUAGACCGGCCUGUGCCCUACCCCGUGCACGUGCCUUACAAAGUAGCGAUACCGGUAGACCGGCCGUACCCGGUUCAUGUGCCAAUCCCGAAACCGUACCCGGUCGACAGACCUAUGCCGUACCCCGUACAAGUUCCCGUCAAAGUGCCCGUGGCACAGCCAACGGCGGUGUAUCCUAUGUAUUCGCAGAUAAUGCCCGUAGUGCAGCAACAGGCGUUAAUGUUCCAAAAGGCCAACAACGAAAACAAUUACAUUGGCACGCCAACAUACAACGGUGGUAACCAAGCCGGUUACAUGUACAGUCCAUUCCCGUCCGGUUACAGUAUUGGCGUUAACCACGCGCUCAUAGGGCUGGGCGCGGGAGGCAAAAGCGGCCAGGGCGCUGGAACGACAAACCUGAAUAGUAUGACAGGAAACAUUUUAGGCAAUGCAUACAACGUGAUGACUGGACUUAUGACUCCAGGCGGUGCGAUUUCUGGCUACGCGAACGGACACAACAACUAUCUGGGUCCCAAAAAUACGGGAUUCACGACCAACAUUAGCAAAUGACACGGUAAUAAUGAAAUUGACGACGACGUUCCUGAUGAUUUUUUUAAUAUUGUUUUAUUAACGAUUCACAUCUUUUGGACAUACA